AUGCAGAGUCUGAAGUCUGCGCGAUUCUUGCAGGUCCGCGAUGAACUCGUCACAUACCCUGAUGGUAUCAAGUCGCCGAAUCCAGCACUCAAUAUGGGCUCCAAGAAGGGCAAACAGUACGACAAGGACUUUUUGCUGCAAUUCCAGGAAGUUUUCAAAGAGAAACCAUCCCCUGACUGGGAACAGAAGCUCAAGGAGCUUGUGGGCGAUUCUGCUGAAGCGCGUCCACCAUCGCGACCACACCCGAUUGGCCCCCGCCAACCCUCCAAACCCGGCGUUCCGCCGAUGGGCAACUUCAUUGUCGGUGGUGGUCGCACUCUUCCUGGUGAAGUGCGCUAUCAACCGGCGACACAGCCUGGUCGAUCGAAUAUGGCUAACCCGUUGGCACCUUUGAUCAACCCAAACAGAUCAGGAUCCUUCCCUAUGGCCCGAAGCGGUUCUUUCACGAACAUGGCUCAAGCUCCCAGCUCUCCGCGUGUGGGCAGUUCUCGGGGACGUGGAAGCCGUCGCGGUGAUAAGGGCCCCAGCAAGAAAGAGGAAGAGCAGUUGGCUAAGGCCAUGCCUCUGACAGCGAACCUAGCCCCCGAAGCGCUGAAGCUGGAACGUUCGCAGACAGGCUGGAAGCCCCAGAGCCUUACAUCGGCUAACGCCAAUGCCGUUCCACCCUCAGGCCAUAUGCCUCCCGAUAUGGUACAGCGGAAGGUUAAGGCCGCUUUGAACAAGAUGACGCCCGAGAAUUUCAACAAGAUCGCGGACCAAAUCCAGUCUAUUGCAGCACAAUCCAAGGAUGAGAAUGACGGCAGGACUCUGCGACAGGUUAUUCAGCUAACUUUCGAGAAAGCCUGUGACGAGGCACAUUGGGCAGGAAUGUACGCAAGGUUCGCCGAGCAUAUGCUGCGCACAAUGAGCCCUGAGAUCAAGGAUGAGACGGUGAGGGAUAAGAAGGGCGAUCCAGUCGUAGGAGGAGCUCUCUUCCGCAAGUAUCUGCUCAACCGAUGCCAAGAAGAGUUUGAACGCGGCUGGGAGGUCAAUCUACCCCAGAAACCUGAAGGUCAAUCAACAGAGGCCGCUUUGCUUUCUGAUGAGUACUACGUCGCUGCCGCUGCCAAACGCAGGGGACUUGGUCUCAUCCAGUUUAUUGGCGAGCUCUACAAGCUCAAGAUGUUGACACUUCGAAUCAUGCACGAAUGCGUACUCAAACUUCUCGAUUUUGAAGGACUUCCUGACGAGUCAGCUAUUGAAUCGUUGGUCAAACUACUGCGCACCGUUGGCAGCACUAUGCAACAGGAAGAGGCUGGCCCUAAGAUGCUAUCGGUCUAUUUCGAGCGCAUUGAGAAGAUCAUGAAUAUGGAGGGUCUGCCUAGCAGGCUGAAGUUUAUGCUUCUGGAUGUAGUCGACCUUCGGAAAGCGAACUGGGUGUCGAAGGAUGCCAACAAGGGACCCAAGACCAUCGCGCAGAUCCACGAGGAAGAAGCUGCUGCACGUCAGGCUGCAGAGAUGGAGCGAGCCCGAAGCAAUCAGCGUGGCGGUCCUCGUCCACCCCUUGGACGCGGUGAUGCUCGCUCGUUCUCUGGUGGUGGCAUGAUGCCACCCCAGGAUUAUCGCAGCAGCCAGAUCCAGAUAGAUGACCUCCGCAAGCUAUCCAAGGGUGCAUCAGGUCGCAACGUAAACUCCUCUGGACAGCUCGGACCGUCUAUGCUGGGCAGCCGGAGCAGCAGCCGCCGUGGCCUCGGACCUGGUGGCCUCAUGGGCCGUGGAGACGAGUCUGGCGCUUCCUCCAGGACUGCCACGCCACCUCAGAAGGAGAAAGAGUCAACAACACAUGUGAACUCGUUCAGGUAA